CGCAUAUUGCGACACCGUUAUGAUUGUGCUGGCCCUUAUAGUGUCCCUUUGAGCUUUUGUAUUUACGUUGUGCGUUUACAUCCAUUUUAAGCGGCUCUAUUUGCAAAUUAAAGCUGAGCUGCGUGUGACCGCGCGGUGGCGGUGGGGGAUGGGCGCUCGGCUUCCUCGAGUUGUGCACGCGCGGUGGACAACAACUAGCUUUUCUUUAACGGACUAGUUAGCUGUCGUUGCUAUGGAAGCGCUAAACGUACAAUUGCUUUUUUUUGUCGUCGAGUCGGAGCGUUUCGCCAACAUUUGUGCACGAUGUGUAAGAACCGUGUGCGAAUAGCCAAAUUAAAUGUAAUUGAGCUUCCGGCGAAGAGUUAGCACUUGUUGCUAUGAAUAAAUGAUCAUAUUGCAAUUUUUAAAAGCAACAAUUUAGUUACAUGUGGUAUUGUAUCUCUGCCCACAUGUAUGGGUGUCCUUUGCAAAGACGGGCGUCUUGUGAGCUUGUUUUAUUUUUAAUAAGAACCUGUAAUAGUUAUCACAGAGUUAAACAUAGUUUGUUAUCCCGUCUCUAUGGUGUCAUAAAUAGGCCUCAAGAGCAACACGCCCCAAUAUCUUUGCAGUUUAUAUUUGUAGUUAUAAAAAUACAUUGGAUACGUGAUGAGAACAAUUUUUUUUACCCAAAAUAGCUCAGUGUGAAAAUAAGUAAAAGUAGGUUCGCCGUUUGGUGGCGCUAGAUUGCCUGUAACUAGGGAGCCUAGCUAGGGGGAAUUAGCAAGCUUUGGCUGGGUAUGAAAUAGCUUUUUAAAGUCUCAUGAAAGGAACAUUUCAUUAAGAAAAGGAAAUGAUGACUGAACGAUCAUUUUAGAUAAACCUUCAAGUGACAGCCAUUUUGUAGUUUGGUCAAAAUCCACAAUUUACAUUAUCAAGUGCUUUCGUACAAUCCCAUGGUCCACUGGAAUAAUGAGUUUAUGACCAAUUUACACUUUACUACAAUUCCUCUUUAGGUGCACAUGGUGUCCAAAUACUUGUUUUAUUUUAGUGAAUAUGUAGGUAAUUAUCAAAGGUAAAUUUGGGCAGAGUCUGUGUCUUUGAGUUCCUAUUAUGAAGCUCGUCUCCUAUUACAAAAAACAUGGCUUCUACUGACAAGGUUUAAGAUUGUUUUAAUAAAAACUUUGUUCAUUUCUUAAACUCCUGGUUUUUAAACAAUGACCAUGGGCUGACACUGUCAAAUUUUAUGUGCACAAUGCCAUUUUGUUGGGGUCUUUCUUCUGAGCAAAGCCUAAUUCAUCAAAAUGAUUAGCAACAAAACAGUAUGAUCAUAUGUAAUAUAGUUUCCUAGAUUUGAUUUUGAAGAAGAGUGCAAACAUUGGUAAUCAUUGCUCAUAUGUGGCGAUAUAGCAUAAAUAUAUACAACUGUAUUUGUAAGGUCUUUUGUCCCAGUGUUGUGAACCCUGAUUAUUGCUGCUUGCAGCUAUAUUUAUACAAAUUAGUAUGUUAUUCUGCGAUCACUUGUAAUACAUUGUAAUUGAUUUAGAUACGUUUAGUGGAAUUUAGUUUGCGAUCAUUAAAUGGUAUACAUUGUGGGUAGGCCACCUUGCUCUUUAGACCUCAGCCUUUAAAUUCCUGUUCCCAUCAUUCUAGCAGUUUCCCAGAGUUGGCCUGAUUUCAAAACUGUCAGUUCAGCAGUUUCUUGGAUGCUGUGAGAUCAAUUCUAUCAAAUGAAGUGUUGCUGUAAAGUUGAAUGGCAGGCUGAUUUAACUGUGUUCUACAUGGAUGGCAAGAGUGUGAGCAUCUAGUCAACACUUGGUCUCAUGGCUCCACUCUAGCCCUGACCUCUUGGUGUAACCAGGAUCCAAAAUGAGCAUAAGCAGUGAUGAGGUCAAUUUCCUGGUGUACAGAUACCUGCAGGAGUCAGGCUUCUCCCACUCAGCAUUUACCUUUGGCAUAGAGAGCCACAUAAGCCAGUCUAACAUCAACGGAGCUCUGGUGCCCCCUGCUGCCCUCAUCUCCGUCAUCCAGAAGGGCCUGCAGUAUGUGGAGGCUGAAGUCAGCAUCAAUGAGGACGGUACCCUGUUUGACGGACGGCCCAUCGAGUCUCUGUCCUUGAUUGACGCUGUGAUGCCAGAUGUGGUGCAGACGAGGCAGCAGGUUUAUAAAGAUAAGAUGGCUCAGCAGCAGGCUGCCGCCUCCAGCACCUCAGCGGCUGCAGCUCCUAAAAAUGGAGAGAACACGGCUAAUGGAGAGGAGAACGGCGCGCACAUGCUGUCCAAUCACCUUUCAGACAUGAUGGAGGUGGACAGGGUGGUGGAGAUCCCAGCCAGUAAAGCCAUGGUGCUUCGAGGCCACGAGUCUGAGGUCUUCAUCUGUGCUUGGAACCCUGUCAGUGAUCUGCUGGCCUCUGGUUCUGGAGACUCAACCGCUCGGAUCUGGAACCUGAGCGAGUGCAGCGCGGGAGGAUCCACUCAGCUGGUUCUGCGGCACUGUAUCCGGGAAGGGGGGCAGGAUGUGCCUAGUAACAAAGACGUCACCUCACUGGACUGGAAUAGUGAAGGUACACUUCUAGCCACAGGAUCCUAUGAUGGCUUUGCCCGAAUAUGGACUAAAGAUGGUAAUCUCGCCAGUACACUGGGGCAGCACAAGGGUCCUAUAUUUGCUUUAAAGUGGAACAAGAAAGGAAACUUUAUACUCAGUGCUGGUGUUGACAAGACCACAAUUAUUUGGGAUGCACACACAGGAGAAGCCAAACAGCAAUUUCCAUUCCAUUCAGCUCCAGCUCUGGAUGUGGACUGGCAAAGCAACAACACGUUUGCCUCCUGCAGCACAGACAUGUGCAUUCAUGUGUGUAAACUGGGCCAAGACCGACCAGUCAAGACAUUCCAGGGCCACACAAACGAAGUCAAUGCAAUCAAAUGGGAUCCAACAGGGAAUCUCCUGGCGUCCUGCUCUGAUGACAUGACGCUAAAGCUUUGGAGCAUGAAACAGGACACUUGUGUUCAUGACCUACAAGCCCACAGUAAGGAGAUCUACACCAUCAAAUGGAGCCCUACUGGACCUGGAACCAACAACCCCAACGCCAAUCUCAUGCUGGCUAGUGCAUCGUUCGACUCAACGGUGCGUCUGUGGGACGCAGAGCGUGGUGCCUGCAUCCACACGCUGACCAAACACCAGGAGCCCGUCUACAGUGUGGCCUUUAGCCCAGACGGACGACACCUUGCAAGUGGUUCCUUCGACAAGUGUGUCCACAUCUGGAACACGCAGAGCGGUGCUUUAGUCAACAGCUACAGAGGGACAGGAGGCAUAUUUGAAGUAUGCUGGAACUCAACUGGGGACAAAGUGGGUGCAAGUGCAUCAGAUGGCUCGGUUUGUGUAUUAGACCUAAGGAAAUGAUGCUGCCAUUGGGAAGCCAUGGACCGACUACGAAUGUGUGCAUAGCCAAAUUUAUCGACUUUCCCUGGCCUAUUAUCCACUGCUGUCCUCGUGGGAGAUCACAGACCACAGCCUGGACCAACAGUCUGUCAACCCCAUCAUAACACACAGCCUCGCAGAGUGGAACCAUGACGCUUACUACAUGAAAUCAGUGCGAUCAAGGACUGUAAUAUACAGACAUGCUUAACCCUACACACACAGCAUCCUUAGUUCCCACGAUCAUCAUUCCAGAUGCCGGAGGGUUGAGGUCCACGCUGCCGUAGUGUGCAUAUUGUACACGUUUAGCGCUCCAUGGACGGUUUUUAUAUUUCUUUAGGUGUAAUUUGCAUGAGCUAAAGAGAUGAGCUGUUCAACAUGGCUAGUAAAUGCUCGUAUGACAUUGACAAUUCAGAGUAUUGGCACUGUAUGUUUGUUUAGUGGCUCUGAGACUAUUGGAACUGUUCUUUAAAAGAAAAAUGCUCAAGGAUUUUUUUGCCAAAUUUUGAGAGAUAAUUUGAUUAUCUUUUUUUUUAAUACAGAGGAAUAACAAAGUACAGAAAGCCUAUUAAAUUACGUAGAUAUAUUUUCUAAAAUGAAUUCCCUGUGUUAUUUUGUACAACCUAUGCAACUUUAUGGUAAGACAAAACUGAACGUUCAGUGCAUGAAUGGGUGAAACGCGUUCAUUUGGUUAGUCUACGGGCUCCAUUGGUUAAGCCUGGACAUUGCUAGGUGAUAGGCCCACCCUAAAAUCGUAACGGCACAUUUACCGUUACAAAAAAGAUAGCUAGCUUUGGUUUCUUUUUUUAGGUGGAUAAGGGUGGGUAUCCCAUAAUCCUCACACCAUCCUCUUGAGAUGUGUAGAAUGGAAAGUUAAACUUGACUCUUUUAAUUUAACAUGAUCACAAAUGUUUCUGCUCCUUAGAGAAAAACCUUGUAGAUCACGCUGCAGCUUUCUCUACUCAAUUAUUCUUUCUUUAUAGCUUCAUCUGUCAUUUUCUGCUUUUCUAUUGUGGUCUACGCUCAACAUGAUCAUUCAGUCUGAUCUGUACUGCAGUGAAUUGGUAUACGUGUCACUGUAACAGCCUUGAUCUUUAUGGCUUCAUGUGAGGUGAGAAAAUAAUGCAGCAUUGAGUGACGGAAUCAUGGGACUGUUUUCAUUCAGUAAUGGCACAGAAGUGGACAACCCGUUUGAAAGUCCAAAGUCAGGUGACGGUGGUGCUGCUUUUGCUUGUGUAUCUCUCUAUUUUUGUGUUCUGUUUUGUCUUUUUGAAAAAUGACAUCAUUAUUGCUCAGUGAAGGUGAAGGUAUGGAUGUAAAUGCACAGUCUGACAUGGAUAAACUUUGUUUCCACGGGAAUUUUCUUUUAAAUGCUACUGUUCUGAAAGGAUGGAUUUUAAAGUAAACUUUCGGUUAAUGUUUUGGCUAUAUCUCAAGCCUGGUUUCUUCAGGGUGCAAUGGCACGUGGAUUAAGUGUUCAGUUUAGCUGUCACUUGUCUUUAUAAAAUACCAUUAGACGGUCAUAGUGUUUUUCAAUACACUCGUAUUAUCUACACAUACAUACUCCCAUCAAAUACAAUGAGCACUUAAAACAUUUAUAUCUUUUGGACUGAAAUAAAUUACUUUGAGUGGUAUUAAACAUUUACUUCAAACUGAACCAGACUAUCUAGAAUUUGUAGAGGACAAGGUGACUGGUUUCAACUAAUGUAACUUUGUUUUUUGUAAAAAAAAAAAAAUAAAGCCCAGAAUGCUUACAAAUGCCCUCCUCUUCCAAUGGAUAAACUUAAAUGUAUUUUUUUGCUUUUUUAACGAGACAAGAAUGUUCAAAUUAAUUUUAAUAGAAUCAAGGAGCAGCUUGUAGGCUAUUUAUCAUAUUGUCUAUGACAGUGGAAUGGUAUUUUAUAAUGUUUUAACUUGAACAGAUGACUUUUUUUACAGUGUGCAAGCCUUUGUUUCUUUUCGUUCGAAUGCAGAGCACUCUAUGGCCCUUUGAAAUUUUGUACUUUAAAAUCUUUUGUAAUUCUAUGUUGUUAUGAGCUGUAAGCAACAGCACGAUCAUGGCCAUAUCGAAACAUCUUGGACCAUUUAAGUACUUUCUCAGUGCUCCUCUCACUUAGGUAGCCUUUAACUUGCUACUGGUUUAGUUUGGUUCUUCUCCUGUUUCGCUCAUUCUCUAGCAGAAAUCAUUACUGGGAUGUUGAUUUGACUAUUGUGAUUUGAGUUCGAAUGAAAAGUUCUGAAUAAAAUAUAUUUUGAUAAUA